AUUUCCUUAAAUACAAUGUUAUGUAACAGUCAGCAAUAUCUUCUUAUAAUUCAUUUACAUAAAUCUUUUUAUAGAAGUCGUGAACCUGACCGGGAUCGGUCAAGAAGGUCACCACUAAGGGGCAGAAGAGACAAUGAGUCCAGACCAAACCGACAAAGUUCGAAUGAAAACGGUGGUAAGUACGCAUGGUUAAACGCGUCUUCAGAAAAAUCGAGCAAAUUAUCGCGAGAGGAACACCGGCGACAGUUUGAGCGCGACGUUCGUCACCGAGAAGACAGAUCGUCACGCAAGCGUUGGGAUGUCAAGUCCACGACUGCAAGCCAAGGAAUAUGGCCACUACCUGCGCCUACUGUCACUACUUUGGGAAUGUCGAAGGUGCCCCUCCCACCCCCACAAGUUCUCCACCAAACCCCGAUCCUAUCCACACCCCCUAUCACCACCCCCACACCCCAAACCUCAAGCACCUUUACCCCUAGUGGGUACUCGGGCAACCUUAUUCAAAUAAACCCCCAGCCCCCUCCUGUCAAUCAAACAAACCCAAUCUACACGGGAUUCCCCCAAGCCACUCCAACUGCAGGAAAAGGGUUACUUCCGACUCCAUUAAUGCUCCCAACAAACAGUGUUAACCAGGGACCUUCAGUUGGUGUUUUAGCUUCCCAACCCCAGCAACAAGCCCAGGCCCAAGGAAACUUUUCCCAACAAACGAUUACUCAGCAAAUUAUUCAGCCUCAACAAACAAUGACUCAGCAGAUAGUUCAACAGCCUCAAACUGCUCCAAACCCGGGUGUUACUAUACUUGGCUCACAAGGUGGACAAGCUAUUGUACUUCUAACAGCAGAGCAACUGCAACAGCUAACUGGUCAAAAUACUUCAAGCCAGCCAUCCACCCAACCACAAGCCACACAACCUCAACAAAUACAAAACCAAAUGCAGCAGUUACAAUUACAACAACAGAUCCUACAAGAACAAAACCUAAUUCAACAACAAAUGCUGCAGAACCAGCUCCAACCUUUAACAUUACAAACCCAACUUGCACAGCAGAAUCUACAGAUUCGAUUACAACAACUACAAUUGCAGCAACAAGCUUUGCAGCAACAAUCCACCCAACCCCAAGCACUUCAGCAAGUGAUACAACCAAGUCAACCCAUCAUAGAUGCCCCAACACCCGCAGCCCAAUCUGCAUUUAACCCCCCUACAGCAAGCCCCCCAUACGAGGUACAGCCCCCUGCCAAACCCGCCUCACCCCCACGAGACCCGAGACCCCCCCGUUUACCCAGGAAUUGGAAAUCAGCUACGGACGCCGAAGGGAGCGUUUAUUAUUAUCAUGUUAUUACAAGGAAGACACAAUGGGAAGCUCCAUCCUGGGACGCUGUGGAUGACGAGGAAACUCUGGUGAAGAAACCGAGUGAAGCCACCAAUAGUGUUAAUGAUGGGAAACAAAAGCCGAGUGAGAACGCAGCUGGGUCAAUCACUGAAGAAGCAAAGAAAGCUCGCGAAGCCUUUCGAAGCAAGAUGUCCCAACAUAUCGUGUAUUGUUUGAAUUCAUAUCGGAAGCCUGAAUGUAAGAUCGGACGAAUCACUUCAACUGAAGAUUUUAAACGACUUGCAAGAAAGCUUACCCACAAUGUCCUGAUGAAAGAGAUUAAACAAGUAAUAGUUUGGGAGGACUUAGAAUAUAAUGCCAAUGUAAAACAUAAGGCAAAAGAAUAUGUUAAGAAAUACAUGGCGAAAAUGGGGCCAAUUUAUAAAGCAAGAGAUGAUGAUGAAAAAACUGAAAGAUAACAUCGAAUACUGCCAAUGUUUUAGUUGGAAAUCUGUUUAAAAGAAUGAGCUGCUGGAACUGUGAAAGGUCCGGGGUUAAAAUACUCUCGGCGUUUCUGGCUGUAUGGUGUAAUCGAUUAGCUGCUAAUGGAUAAUUACAUCUGAAAUCAAGUUUAGUAUUUUCAAAAUACAUAGUUUAUAUUAACAGCUAAAUAGCUACAAGUGGUAUCAAAUUGGCCUACAGCUACAUUCUGUUCUUUUCCAAUAUUUCUUGCAACGUUUCCUAUUUUUGUGCCAUUACGUUCGUAAUUAUGGUUGUUCGACCUUAAUUAAAAGUUAGACUUUUUCUACACCAA